GGCAGGCUUAGGCAAUUCUGCAAGAAGACAGAAUGAGAGGAAGGAAAGGAAAGUAGUGAGGAAAUAGAAGAGGAUGAUGACGGGGGAAGGAGGUGUUUUAUUAGGAAGUGGAUCUAACCACUCUCAGUUGCCCCGAAUGCCCCUUAAAGGGCAACAGUGCCACAAGUUACCCUGCUCUUAAUUAAUCCUAUGCCCCUAAGUCAUAGGAGACUUAAAUGCCUAAAAGAAAUCUAAAGAUUUUUCUCCUCCAAGGGUCUGACAGCUGAACUUAGCCCCUCCCACAAAGGCUCAUGGCCCCAAGGUCUCGGUCACAUUAAAUGCCUUGGGGGCCGAAGAAACCCUGAGGUGUGGGGGAAUGAAGGGAGAAGGAUCGGGUUGGGGCAGAUGGGAGACUAAGAUUGGGCUAAAGAGAGGGGGAGCCUGCGGCAGAGUUGUGGUUCGGGGAUGUGGGUUUUGUGGCUGAACUCGAAGGUGCGGUAGGAAACUAGGAUCAGAGCUGACAGUCAGGGUGGAGUUCACAGGUCCAGGAGGAGUUAGGGGCUGACACGGCUAGAAAAAGACCAAGGAGGAUGUGAGGCUUGGGCGGUCUCCACAGCCCGAGGAUGAAGAUACAAAUCACUAGGAUUCAGACGAGUUUACUUUGCUCCGUGGGAACUGCACCAGAGCUGGAGGUCAGCGCCCUGCAAGGAGGUAGUAAUAUAUCCAGUUGUGAAACUGGGAAAGGCCAGAGCUCUUGGACCAGGGAAACAUGUCCCGUCGGAAACAGACAAAUCCAAAUAAAGUUCACUGGGAUCAAGUAUUUGCUGGGCUAGAAGAGCAAGCCCGCCAGGCGAUGAUGAAAACUGAUUUUCCUGGAGACCUUGGCAGUCAGCGACAAGCUAUCCAACAACUAAGAGAUCAGGACUCCAGUAGCAGUGACAGUGAGGGUGAUGAAGAGGAGACCACGCAAGAUGAAGUCUCUUCCCACACAUCAGAGGAAGAUGGAGGGGUGGUCAAAGUGGAAAAAGAGUUAGAAAAUGCAGAACAGCCUGUUGGUGGGAACAAAGUGGUAGAACAUGAGGUCACGGAGAAUUUGAAUUCUGACCCCUUACUUGGACUCUGCCAGUGUCCCCUGUGCCAGCUAGACUGUGGGAGUCGGGAGCAGCUGAUUGCUCACGUGUACCAGCACACUGCAGCAGUGGUGAGCGCCAAGAGCUACAUGUGUCCUGUCUGUGGCCGGGCCCUUAGCUCUCCAGGGUCAUUGGGUCGCCACCUCCUAAUCCACUCUGAGGACCAGCGGUCUAACUGUGCUGUAUGUGGAACCCGUUUCACCAGCCAUGCCACAUUUAACAGUGAGAAACUUCCUGAAGUACUUAAUAUGGAAUCCCUACCCCCAGCUCACAGUGAGGGCCCCUCCAGUGCUGAGGGGAAGGACAUUGCUUUUAGUCCUCCAGUGUACCCUGCUGGAAUUCUGCUUGUGUGCAACAACUGUGCUGCCUACCGGAAGCUACUGGAAUCCCAGACCCCCAGUGUACGCAAGUGGGCUCUUCGUCGACAGAAUGAGCCUUUGGAAGUAAGGCUGCAGCGGCUGGAACGAGAGCGCACGGCCAAGAAGAGCCGGCGGGACAAUGAGACCCCCGAGGAACGGGAGGUAAGACGCAUGAGGGACCGCGAGGCCAAGCGCCUGCAGCGCAUGCAGGAGACAGAUGAGCAGCGGGCACGCAGGUUGCAGCGGGAUCGGGAGGCCAUGAGGCUGAAGCGGGCCAAUGAAACCCCAGAGAAGCGGCAGGCCCGGCUCAUCCGGGAGCGGGAGGCCAAGCGGCUCAAGAGGAGGCUGGAGAAAAUGGACAUGAUGUUGCGAGCUCAGUUUGGCCAGGACCCUUCUGCCAUGGCAGCCUUAGCAGCUGAAAUGAACUUCUUCCAGCUACCGGUGAGUGGGGUAGAAUUGGACAGCCAGCUCCUGGGCAAGAUGGCCUUUGAAGAGCAGAAUAGCAGCUCUCUACACUGAACCACACCCUCCUGCCUGCUCACCCGCCCACCCAGGCCCACAGGGAUCAGGGCCCUGUCCUUGCUGCCAGAGGCAGGCCCAGGGUUUUUGCAGGUGGACCUGUGUACCCCUUGCAUGUGGGAGCAGGAUGAUGGAGUCAGGAAGGACCCAGCUCAAGGCAGCUCUGGACAAGGGAGCAGGCACUGGCCUCCCCAGCCCACAGAGAACUGGACUCCCCAGCCCACUGCUGUAGGGUACGCUUUAGGACUGUGGGGCCCCAAUGUGGCCCAUGGAGUUGUCAGAGCAAAUAAAUUAAUUUUAUCUUUACUGGUC